CGACAAGCGAACCAGAGUUCUGUGCCAGGUACUAUGCAGGCCAUGAUGCAGCAGACACCGACUGUUGCUAAGAAUAUCGCCUCGAUGUGCAUCGACUGCAAUCAUCGUUAAAAUCAUCAUCAACGUAGAUUUGCUUAUGAGCUUUGGGAAGUACGGAUACUGUGUUCGUCCAAGCAGAAUUCAACAAAUUUUCAAAAGACAAGAAGAACUAUAGGAUAGAUUCGGAUAGGACUGAAAGGAUACCAUUAGAGAGAGAGAGAGAGAGAGAGAGGGAAAAAAAUUCCAAAAGAUCUUCUGACUGCCGGAAGUUGUUCCGUCUUUUGUGGACCAGCCAAACUCUACGGUCUCUCUUCUCUUCAAGGGAAUUCAUUGUACUAUCGGAGCAGGAUGCAAGGACAACGGGAAGUGCAUGAGAGCGGGCAAAAAUGGAGUGCAAUUCGGUCGAAUCGAAUUGGUGCCUCGUGAGUUACGAUCGACGCUCCCGAAUUCAUCCAUCGUCGAAGAUACUCGCGAGCGUCAUCGAAGAAGACGAUGCACGGGAGCGUUGACGAUUAUCAAAGGUCCGGCUCAACCGGACUAUCCACUUGAAAUUGCAGAGACAACCCUGAUGAAAGGGAUAGAAGACGUUGGAGAAGGACAAGUGUCUCGCAUAGAACUAGGAAGAAAGAUUUUCGUUUUUUUGAAGAGCAACCAGUCGAAAGCCGUCGUGGAAAGGCGAGCACCUGUCGGCGAAUGUGGUGGUGGUGGGAGAAUGGAACACAAACAAACAAUUCUGCUGGCGCCAGCACUCAGCAACAGUAGUUGCUGGCGAGCCGGCAACUCCGAAGCGAUCUGGACCGCGCCAGGAUUCGGGGAAUUGUUACGAGCAACUCUGAUCUUGGUACUCAGCCUUGGUAUACUUUUUGCUAACCUACUCGUUAUUUGCGUCAUCAAUAGCAGGCGAUAUAGCAAAUACAUUCACGCACAGCCAAGAUAUCUGCUGACGAGUCUAGCGAGCAAUGACCUCGCCAUUGGUCUCCUGGUGACUCCCUUUGGCUUUUUACCGGCGGUUUAUGGAUGCUGGCCUUACGGCGAAGUCGUCUGUCAAAUUCAGGCACUCCUCAGAGGCGCUCUGACCCAACAAAGUGCGGUCAUACUAGUCUGCAUGGCAAUCGACCGUUACGUAUGCAUGUUGCAUCCUCAUCGUUAUCACAGGCAUUCUUCUAAAAAGUAUUACAUGCGGCAGGGUUGUGUGGCAGUGAUGUCAACGACUUGGAUAGCAAGCCUGGCGAUUUUUGGCGCUUUGGUUCUCCCAAGGGGUGGCUACUACUUCAAUGGCUCUGGCCUUCUCGCCUGCGAUCCUUUCUUCGCUAGAGCCUCCCUUAGAAUUCUCGCAUGUUGCUGUUUCUACUUUCCAACGACAAUGGUGUUGAUGUACUGUUAUGGCUCGGCGUUCCACGUUAAUAAACUACGCUUGAAGAGGGUGGUCUGCGUUAACACGCCGGAGAUCGUUAGCGGUGGUCACAUAGAGAGGCUCGUCGCUCAUGAAAGAAGAUUGUCGACCACGGCGUCGCGAACAAUGGCCGCGAUGAGCUUAGGAUUCAUCGUAAUGGUCACGCCUUGGACGAUUCAGGAAGUCGUUGCAGCUUGUACCGGAAGCAAGCCUCCGCCAUUCCUUGAUUUUCUUGCCACUUGGUUAGCACUUUCCAACAGUUUUUGGAAUCCAUUUCUUUACUGGUUGCUCAACAAUCACUUCCGACGAAUAUCGAGAGAAUUACUUUACACGAAGCUUCUUUGCAGAUCAAAGCCAUUGGGACCGAAACAGCAUUGUUGUGCUACUAGUACCGGUGGCCUUGACGUAUGCAGUAUCAGUGGAGUAGAUUUGUCGGGAUUGGAACGUUGUUCAAUGGAUCGAUGUUCCAUGGCGAGAUGUUCGUCCUCGUCUUUGGCCAACAAUCCAUCGCCACUUCCAUGGGAAACUGGACAUAUGAUACGGGGUGACGUUACGCCCACGUGAGGAAGGGAUGCCGCCACGCAAACAGACGAUCCUGGAUCACCGGAUCAUAUCAGUUAGUAUCGCGUGGCGGCAGGAUUUCAUCUGCUGAUCCAGGGACAAGAAAGACGAAGAAGAUUCUACGAUGGCGAAUGUUCUUCGAUCUGGCCGACGGUUUUUGUCCCAUCGUUAGGAGAGAGUUCACAUCAAGACAGAUCUACUUCUACUUCUUCUUAUCACGAGAACAAUGGGACGAUCGAAAGCUCGAAGACUCGCCAACGUUCGCAACGAGAGAGACGCGUCAAAUACGCGAGCUUUCUCAGCUUACCCGAUCUUGUGCCGGACGAAUUUUAGAAAUGACGGAAAAUCAAACAAUUUUAUCAUAGAAAUUAAAAUAUGUUCUUCUUAUUUUUAAACAAAGAGAAUGUAGGUCAGAAUUUAUCGGAUAAAAAAUAAUAUAUAUAUAUAUAUAUAUAUAUAUAUAUAUUAUAUAUAUAUAUUCGAAGGAAAUUCUCAUUCUGUUUAUCUUCUUUUUUUUCUUUUUUUUUCUCUUACGAAAGAGAAGAAAACGUAGAAGAAGAUUUUAUGUCGGACGAAUGUUAGACGAGUCUUUCAUUUAUUCUUUCUUCUUCUUCUUCUUCUUCCUUUUUUUUAAUUCUCCUUUUUUUUUUUUUUUUUCUUUAAUUUUACAAAGGAGAACGUAGAAUAACAUCAUUUGCCAGAGAAAAAUGAUAGAAAAUUUUUCAUUUUCCUUUACUUUCGCGAAGAGAGAAGGAGGGACCGAGGGUAUGCAGGAUAGAGAAAAAAAUUCGAAGGAAGUUCUCGUUCCUUCUUUUUUUUCUUUUCUUUUUUUUUUUUUUGUCAUUACUCCGUGAAGUAGACGAAGAUCUUUUGUCAGGACGAAUUUUAAGAAAAUUACGAGGAGAUUAAUGAUCUUAUAAAAAAAAAACAAAAAAA